CUGCGAGCCGCCCUCAUCCCUGGAGACCUCAGCCUGGGCAGCCCAGCCCAGCCCAGUUGGUACGCCGCCAUCGCCAUUUUUUGCGCCGUGAUUAGCUCGCCUCGACUACGUACCUGCUUUUUUCUUUCCUUUAUCAAUCUACCCACUCGGACCAACCUCAUAUCAUCGUGCCUUCCCUUCUGUGGCUGAGAACUCCCGGUCCUUCAACAAUCACCUUUACCUUUAUUCUGCCUUUCCCUUCUUCCAUCUUUUCCCCCUCCCACACCUUGUCCAUCAACUUGAUUACUGCACGUGCUUCCUUUCCUCAACGAUUCUCUACCAAACGACGAACAGCGACACCAACACACUAAUACUACCUACCUUCGCACUUCCUCAUGUCUCUUGCUGCCAGAGAAUGAGAGCUUGGUCGCAAUCUUCUGGAAAAGGCCGAACUCUACUGUGGAGGCCCGACACAUACCACCGAUAAUUCCGACAUCCAACGAAAAACCCGAUCGCCGACUUCAACACCGUACCUUAACUCUUUCAGUUGCGAUCCGUCCCAUCGCCGACUAUCCGAAACAUUCACAUCGUGCUGCUUGGGCCCGAUUACAAGGUCAACGCGCCGCGCCAAGCCUCUCAAGAACGUUCCAUCAGCUUUGGCCGCUCAGGACCUCCGUCCUGAAGCCCUUUCCAUCUCCGCCGUAACCUUCCUUCAACCUCGACAUCCGCAGUCUCCGUCUUUGCGCUCUCUUUUAAUAUCCACGGCCCAGAAUGGACCAACAAUACUUGACGUCGCCGACGUCGUUUCGACUGGCAGAUAUGGCUCAAAACGUAUACGAAAUGCCCCUCAUGGCUAUGAAGAAGCCUCACGAUUCACACCCCUCCAUGGGCAAUUUGGUUCUUCUCGUCUUCGAGGCUGUCCUCGAAGUCGUGUGCGUGAGCUUGCCGGGCUACAUCAUUGCCCGUCUUGGCCACUUUGAUGCUGAAAAGCAAAAGUUCUUGGCCAACCUCAAUGUCAUGCUGUUCACGCCAUGUCUUAUCUUUACCAAGUUGGCUUCGCAACUCAAUGCCGACAAGCUCCUCGAUCUCGCUGUAAUCCCCAUCAUCUUCAUCAUCCAGACUCUUGUCUCCUGGCUCGUCGCUACCGGCGUCGCCCGCGGCUUUGGCUUCAACCGCCGCGCUACUAACUUUGUCACGGCCAUGGGAGUCUUUGGAAACUCAAACUCCCUGCCCAUCUCCAUGAUCUUGUCCCUGUCGCAAACUAUCAAGGGGCUGCAUUGGGACAAGAUUCCCGGGGAUAACGAUGACGAGGUCGGUGCCCGUGGUAUUCUAUACCUCUUGAUCUUCCAGCAGCUCGGUCAGUUGGUGCGCUGGAGCUGGGGCUACCACGUGCUGCUUGCUCCCAAGGACAAGUAUCCCGAGUACCAGGACGAGCGCGUUGAGGAGGGACAAUACCCGGGAGAUCGCGAGACCGCUCCCCUAUUGAAUGAGUACGAUGACGGCACCGCUACUUCUCGUAGUCACUCGAGUGAUGACCUGUCCAACUAUGAGCCGGCUGGUCGCACCCCUGUUGCUAGCAGAUCCAGAGCCUCCCCCGCCGAUACCGAAGACGAGGACGACGACUACCUUCCCAAGAAGCCGAUGAAGACCAACGGUCUCGCACCCCUCAAUGGUAACCACCCCGUUUUCGACGGAAGUGGCGAUGAGAUAUCGUCCUUUCCCCGCAUUCGUAAUACGGAUGAACCCGAAAUCCCCGAGGGAGUCAAAGGCUACCCUAGCCGCAUUAAGAACGCCUUCAAUAACGCCGUCACCUCUGCUAAGCAAUCGACAUCAAACUUCUUUGCGAGAGUCUACAACAGUUUGCCGAUCCCCUUCAAGACGAUUCUCUCGGCCCUAAGCCGCUUCGCCGGCAAGUUUUACAACUUUUUGUGGGAGUUCAUGAACCCGCCUCUGUGGGCCAUGCUCAGCGCCGUUGUUGUUGCCUCUGUCCCGGCUCUGCAGAAGAUCUUUUUCGAAGAGGGAUCCUUCAUCAAGAACAGUUUCACGGAUGCUGUUCAGUCCAGUGGUGGCGUCGCUGUGCCCUUGAUCCUGGUUGUUCUUGGUGCCAACCUCGCUCGCAACACGCAAAAGAGCGAGAAGAUGCGGGAUCCUGAGGAGGACCAGAUCGGAACCAAGCUCCUUGUCGCAUCCUUGGUGUGCCGCAUGCUCCUGCCGACUUUGAUCAUGACUCCUAUUCUGGCCGUCUUCGCCAAGUAUGUGCCAGUCAGCAUUCUGGAUGACCCCAUCUUUGUCAUCGUCUGCUUCUUGUUGACCGGCGCCCCGAGUGCUCUCCAACUGGCUCAGAUUUGUCAAAUCAACGAGGUUUACGAAAGUGUCAUGUCGAGAAUCCUCUUCCAGAGCUACGUUAUCUGGAUUCUUCCAUCAACCUUGGUGCUCGUCAUGUGCGCUUUGGAGGUCGUAGAGUGGGCCGCAUAGGCUCCCUGGUGAUUUCUUUUGUUCUGGCGGAGGGCACAAGGUAGUAGGCAAUAUAAUGGUGCCGUUGAUUUUCAACAGAAAUGGUUGAGGCGUUCAGGUACCCUCAAGACACGACGUGGCUCGGGGCAAAAGCAAAACAUGAAUUGGCCCUUUGCCAUGUAUUAUUACAGCACAAGCGGAUUGGGAGGCAGUGGACUCCUGCGUACUCUGAGUCUGAGAUAUCAGGUUUUUUGACGGGAUUUGUUUUCGUCAUCGACGUUUAGCAAUGUUACAGCGAGUGUACAUAGUAAUAAUAGG